UUCCAUGCAGUGAUCGAGGCCGACGGCGUUGAAUACCAGACAAGCAAUAUAUCUGUAAACGUAGACCAGGUUGUCCUCCAAUGGCAGGAGCGCAUUCCUCUGCCGCACGAGCCAUGUUCCAAAGUCCGGGUCAGCAUAUAUGCCUCAUUUGAAUUGGGUCCCAUGCUCUGUCAAGGAAAACUCCUCCGCACGUUCGAGAUCUCGGUCGGAGAAUUACUGGAUCGCAGCGAGAAUUGGGCAGGAGCAGCCCGCCCCAUCCAUGCAUCCGUCAUCGCCAAAUCAACUCGCUCAUCAAGCACAGCGGUGUUUGGAGAGAGAUGAACCUAGUGUCUUAGAUGAAGUGAUAUCCCUUCAUUAUGAUGCCCUCGGAUACUACAACGCCGGGCAUGCUUGCCGAGGGCAAUUGCUAGGUAAUCUAGCUGUAAUGCUACAGACUUGCUUCGAGCAUCGAGGGGAUGACAAAGAUUUGGAUCAAGCUAUCGCACUUCAGACGGACUCGGAGGUGCUGGCUUUGUGCCCGGUCGGUCACACAGAUCGGUCCAUGUCAUUAAACAACCUCGCGAUCCAACUCAGCGUACAGCAUUUGAAGGAAGGCCAGCUUCUUUGACAAUAGCGAAACAUCCCAUAUUUAUAUGUAGCCGUCAUGGCAGUUACUGACAAGAAACUUUCCACCUGUAGAAAAAAUUGCAAAUUUCACCUUGUGUCAAUGGUGGAGUAAUAUUCCGAUGC